ACUCUAGUAUAUCCAUGCUCAACACAAACACUGUCUACUAGACUAUUACUGUCAUCUCUCUCAAAGAUUCGGUGGGUGCGGGUGUAUCGAGAGCCAGCUACACCGUGAUCGGCCUCGCCACUCUGCCGGAAAACAUGAUCGUCUGCGUCGCCGUCGUCGGCCACCAGAACAAUCCGCUGUACAUACAGAGCUUCACGGAGGCCGAUGAUGCUCUCAAGCUCCACCACAUCGUCCAUUGCUCGCUCGAUGUGGUCGACGAGCGAGUGAACAAUCCUAAAAAAUCUGGGCCUAUGCUGAAUGAGACGUUUCUGGGACUGCUAUAUCCUAUUGAAAAUUACAAAGUUUAUGGAUAUCUGACGAAUACAAAGGUGAAAUUUAUCUUGGUGACCACGGAUCUGGAUGUUAAAGAUGCAGAUGUAAGAAAUUUUUUUAGAAGGUUCCAUGCUGCAUACGUAGAUGCAGUUUCAAAUCCAUUCCAUGUGCCAGGUAAAAAGAUAACCUCUAGAACUUAUGCAGAAAGAGUGAGCACAAUUGUCAGGUCAUUUGGUUUGAGUUCGGCUGGGUGAACAACUAUAACUGGUGCUAGUUGCAUGUCUGGCACAAAACUACAUGAUUAUUAUUUUUUGCCUUGUAAUUUUAGUUCUUCUUAGGAAUUGAAUUUUGUUGUGGUAAAAUGCUUAGAAGAACAUUUUGAAUAGCUUUAUGUUCAAUAUAUAAUAUUCAAAAUGAAUCAUCGAUUUGUUUUA